CGUGAUUUGUUCAUGUGACUACACGCCAUCUCAGCAUCUUCCGGAUCAUCAACAUAUUCAAAGAUAUGUUCUGUGACACAGGUCUCGUCCAGUGAUCUUAUACAGUAUCUCAAGACUGGAGAGUGGAAUGUGACUCACAGCUGGAUACCAUAUCGCCUGUGGAAAUACGUUUUGGUGGAAUUCCGUGAAAACGACCUUGGACGUCAUUGUGACCUUGACAUGUUUUAUCCCAUCAAAAAUGGAAUAUGACUUUAAUUGUCAUGGCAACUAGCUGUAACACAUAGAAGGUUCACCAUGGAAUCAGUGUUGGGGCGGCUGAGGACCGGAUCCAAAUCCAAGAAAACCCUUUCACAAGCUCCUUCCAAGGAUGAUAUUCUGAAUGCCAUAGAUACCUUUGAUAAAAAUGGAAGUGGCUCAGAGGACAACAACAACCUGGUCCGCAAGAGCAGCGUGGAGAGCGGAGAUGGACGAUUUGAAGGUCCUGACGAGCUGGACUCCCCCAGUGUGAGCUAUUCCCACUCCUACAGGGGUAUUGAGCCACCUGUACAGACUGACUGGAUGUGGACUGUGAUAAGGGAGGGGUCCAAGUAUAGUGCUGAGUGGGAGCGUCUGUUCAACACUCCAGGCUACUUGCUUAAGUUGAAGAAACACGGUAUAGAAGGCCGAUUACGCAGCAGCAGGUUCCGAAGUGUUGUCUGGAAGGUGUACCUGGAGGUGUUGCCGGAUGACAUUAGCCAAUGGCUGAAGGUGUGCCAGGACUGGAGGAACAAGUACGAGGUCCUCAAGAACCAGAUGAUUCAUGAGAAGCAGGAAUUGAUUGUGAACCCCCGGAAGGCCGUGGACCGUGUGGACAUCACCAUCAACAACCCCUUGUCUCAAGAUGAUGAGAGUCCAUGGAACCAGUUUUUCCAGGAUAAUGAGCUGAGAUUAACAAUUAAACAAGAUGUGAUUCGAACCUACCCCAAAAUAGAGUUUUUUCAGUCAAACCAGUUGCGGAAUUUAAUGGUGGAUAUUCUGUUCAUCUAUGCAAAAGUGAACCCAGAUCUGUCUUAUCGCCAGGGGAUGCAUGAGUUGUUGGCUCCAUUGAUCUUUGUUCUACACUGUGAUCAUCAAGCAUUCCUGCAUGCCUCGGAGAUCGAGACCCUUCACUACCUCCACAUCAAUCACAGGGACAUCGUCAAGGAAAUCAUGAGUCCCACCCAUCUGGAGCAUGAUGCCUACGCUAUGUUCUGUCAGAUCAUGGAGACUGUGGAGCCCUGGUACACAACAAAAGAACAUAUGAUAAAGGGCAGAGAGUACAUGGUGGCUCAGCCGUUCUCCCGACCACAGGACCUGAACCCCUCCAAUGUGAUAGUGACCAAGUUAACCCGCAUCCAGGACUACCUGCUGAAGAAGUUUGAUGCAGAACUACAUCUCCAUCUAGAGCGAUUAGACAUUGCACCACAGAUAUAUGGCAUUCGGUGGGUGCGGCUGCUGUUUGGACGAGAGUUUCCCAUGCAAGACCUGCUGGUGAUAUGGGACGCCAUCUUUGCAGAUGGAAUUGGAUUCGACCUGGUGGACUAUGUAUUUGUUUCAAUGUUGCUCUAUAUUAGAGAUUUGUUAUUGGCCAGUGACUACGCAGCCAGUCUCAGCUGCCUCAUGAAGUAUGUACCUGUAGGAGAUGUUCACUACUUCAUUGAGAAGGCCCUCUAUCUCCGGGAACCCAAUCAAUACCCACGGCCACCCAACUAUACUUACCAGAAUGUCAACACAACAGCAGCCAGGAGCAGAAGCAGAUCUAACCAAACUAACAAACGCCACGGACAUGGAUAUGGAGGGUUCUCCUCCUUCUCACGCAAGUUUAACCGACCCCGAACACUUGCCUUCUCUAGCAAGAACUUGCCCAAAUCCUCCAGUGAGCCCAUGAACCUGCAGACUGACAUCUCACCAGCUCUACAUGGUCGCCCCACGCCUCAAGGUCGCCUUGGUAGACUGUCUCUCAGUCUCCUCGAUAUAUACCCAGUGUGGUGUUGUGGUAGCAGUUACUUCACCGCAAGCCCGGUGGUCCCUGACGUGAAGCGCGGGUCCUCUGCCAGCUUGUCCCAGCUGGAGGACCAGAUGUUCCGCCACACUCCCUCGUCCUCUAGCCUUGCUCGCCUCGAGGUCAUCAACAGGUCUACCCAGUCUACACCUGCAGCCCGCAGCCCUGUAGGCUUCUCUGCUGAUGAAGGCUCUACACACAGUAGUCCCACUAAAUACUCAUCACUGCCAGGACGGUCAAAAGCAAAAGGCAAAAAAUUUUCAAGAGCUGAGCAAGAGAUGCAGCUCCAAGUGUCCAAACUUCAGGGCCAGAUGAAUGACAAGUCAGCCAUGUGUAGAUACUGUUCAACCAAACUGGAUAUACACAUAGAACGCCUGCAGAGUGAGCUGAUGAAGCUGGAGCUGGAUGCAGAUGAUGAGGUCAUGCUGGCUUUGGCCGGGGUCAAGCAGGUUAGAGAUGUCCUCAACGGCACCCUUCGCUUCUCCCAGAACCUGCUGGAUGAAGAUGAAAUUUCCAUCAGUGACAACUAUUACAAGGAUGAACUAGUCACAUCACCGGAGUCAGACAUAGCUGGCUCCAUGACAAGCUCCAUGACAGGCUCCUUCCACCAGCAUGGAGCCGGCAAACAUUCCGGGAAAGGCAAGCGGCAGAAACUGUUCUACAUGAGUAGUGAGGAGAACUCCGAGGCAGCAGAUUCCCCGGACUCCUUUAAUGGUGUCUCUCAUCCUCAGGGCAAAGAUUAUGAGUUGGACAAUUUCCUGAGGAAGCGUGUUGCAUCCAAGGACAGUUAUACUUCUGGUGGGCCUCAGUUAAUGGUGGAGUCCACUGUGUCUGAUAGCGGGAGUCAGAGCAGCAACACGGUGCAGACACACAGCUCGGCCUCAGAUGCCUUCGACGUCAGUCCUAACCCACUCUAUGACAUGGAAGCCCAGUGACUGUACAACAACCACUGGCUAUGCUCAAGGAAUACUCCACAUGGUAUGAACACUAUAUCAGGUAUCACCACGAUGAACUGGGUAUGCAGAUGGCUUGGACAGGCAUGUGGUCACCUGGAUUGUGUUUGCAGAUGGUCUGGAUGUGCGUGACACAUGGACACACAUACUGUAUGGAGACAUCAGGACAUCUCCCAAGCACUCCUAUUUUUCUGUAGUGCUGGUGAAGAGAGCCAAGUACCUAUAUUUGUACAUCCUGAUACCUGUCAUUGCUAGGCUUCUGCUGCUGUCGGGGCAGAGAAUGCAACAAGUGAUGGUCUGAAUAGUAAGUUGUGACUGUGAUUGAACCUAUCACGUGACUGUCAUGUGACUGUGCUACUGGUGUAUUGCUAGUGUCUGUUAAGGUAUAUUAAGGUAUUAUGUUUCCAACAAACAUUCAGUUUCACUGGGUGAACUUGUACAUGGAUCUAAUACACUCACGGAUUUCAAAUUUGAAAGAAACAUCUUAUACAAUCUUCUUUUUUUAUGGCCAGUAAGUGCAUAUUGCAGUGAUUGCUGGAUAUAGCACACAUCCCAACACACAUCUCCAACACAUAUCCCAACACACAUCUCCAACACACAUCCCAACACACAUCUCCAACACACAUCCCAACACACAUCUCCAACACACAUCUCCAACACACAUCUCCAACACACAUCCCAACACACAUCUCCAACACACAUCUCCAACACACAUCCCAACAUACAUGCCCAACCGUGAGUACGCUCAACCCCGACAUCCCACCACACACAUUGCCACCAAACUGUCAGGACAGCACCCAGUCCUUGGGUCAGGCCUGAUAAGUAAGUGUAGGUUAAUGCUAUCUUGCUAGAGGAGAUUACAGUGCUAGGACUACCAUGUCUCUAUCAUAGUGUGGUAAUUAUAGCUCCACUCUGCCCACAGUUUUAGUCAGGAUAACAAUAUAUGUGACCACCAGGAGAAACGGGACCUUAUGGGUGCUGGGAUACAAUUGUGCUGUGACGUCAUAAAGAUGUUUGACGUCAGCUUACUUCAGUGAAGAUUGCCAUGUGUGAUGUCAUGUAUCUCUGUAAUCAUUAUGAAGUGAAACUUGUGAAUUGUAUUUUUGUGUUACGAAGAUGCUGUAGUUUUAAAAUAAAAUGAAAAGUCAAAAUGUGAUUUAUCACCCAUAAGGUCCCUCAUCUCCUAUGGGUCACAUGUGUAUCAACUAUUAGGACUGAUAGUACUAUUAGGACAUGGAGCUGUUAGAUGUGUUGAACUGAGGCAGCUGUGCAGUGGAGGUAGCCUAGUUCUUCAAACAUUCUUCGCUCAUCACAUACCAUAUCCCUCUUCCCUGGGUGGUACGGGUGGAAUAUUGCCAAAACUGACUUAAACCCUACUCACUCACUAACUGUAUAUUAAUGUCGACACCUUCUGGACAUUACUGACCCGACCUUUGAGAGACAGGUGCUACCUGUUUGCCCAUGUCGACGGAGACGUUAUGUCGGACAGUGUAGGUCCUGCAGUCAGCACCCAGUUCAAUAUUUGUGCUGAUACAAUUUAUGAAGCCAGUAUCUACGUAGACGUGCCACUGUAUUAGACAGUGUCUGUAUUAGGCAGUGUUCAUUUUUAGACAGUGUCAGCAACUGUGUAGGAGUGCCAGGCUUUCCACGUCCUCCAUUUUGAGAGGUUUAUGCAAUGUCUAAUGUUGUUCACCGGUUGAUGUCGGAGCCACUGUACGCCACAUAUACACUGUGUGUCAGAUUUAUGCUAUGCCACGAGAAAACUGUUUGCUACCUUACAGCUGACAUAUUAAAACCAUAUGCCAUGUCAAUCACUCACUAUUUAUGCCAUAGUAGCAAUAUAAGCUGUAAGCCCACAGUAAAACCGUAAGCCCUCGUAAUGCUGUAAGCCCAUAGUAAAACUGUAAGCCCUCGUAAUGCUGUGUGCUAGCUCAAUCCCAGUGUCUGUAUCUCAGUCAUGGUGCAUUACAGUGGCAGUUUUCUUAUUUCCACAACUAUUUAUAUUGCAUCAUUGUAUCAAAUUGUUGUUAUGAUUAUUAUGAUUAUUGAUUUUAUUUUAGUUAUCAAUGACAAGUUGUUUUACAUUUAAACUAAUUAAAACUCAUGAAUGCA